UAUUUUCGUUAACUUCCGGCCGCAGCUGUAUCUCUUCUAGCAACAACCCACACACUCCGCGUAUGUCGCGUUACAUAACAUUACUCCAACAACAAGGCAGUGUCAGGUGUGUGUCUGUGUGAGUGUGUGUAUCAGCGAUGGUCUGCAUCCCGUGUAUCGUGAUCCCGGUGCUGCUUUGGGUCUACAAGCGCUUUCUGGAGCCGGUGCUGUACCCCUUCAUCUCUCCAAUCAUCAGCCGCUUCUGGAGGAAAACACCACUGCAGGACGCACCACAGGAGAAGACCAACACUGCUGAAUGUAAUGGAGCAGCAAACGGAUCCACAGCGAAUGGCCCGAAGACGGUGGCGGAUAAAAAAGCAGACUGAUGAUGAGGAAACACACACACACACCAACAUACAGAUCAAUGACAACCUUCACAUGGAGAGACAGGAGUAGUUAUAAUGCAGUGAUACAGUCAUCUACACACACUCUAACUCUCUCUCUCACACACACACAAGCUUUGAUUAAGUUAAUUAUGCUAGCAUUUAAUUAAGACUAUAAGGGAGAUUUCUGUCUAUCAUUCCAUGAUGUUUGUGUGUUCUCUGCCUGAUUUUGUCCUCCUCGUAUCAGCUUCAUCACUCUUGUGUUUAACUUAUAAGAUUUACUAUAGAAUAAAUGUAGAAUAAUUC